AGGCAUUAACUUAAAAACUCCAUUGUAUGCUGCAUUGCUCUCCUAUAAGUACUUGUGUGUGGCUAUUCUUUGUUUUGACUUACUCCAAAAUCAAAGAUGUAUAAGGCAAGUCCUAAAAGAAAAGAGAUUGUAGAGAAAAGCAAGAGUGUAAGAGAGAAGGAGAUUAAACAAAACUCAAAUUUCUUUGCCAAACACUUAAAGAGGAUUUACCCAAUCACGCUUCAACGAAGCACUUCUUCUUCAUUUUCACUCUCUUCUAUAUCUCUAUCACUCUCUCAGAACUCGACCGAUUCUGUUUCCACGGAUUCAAAUUCGACGUUGGAACAAAAGAUCUCUCUGGCACUCGGUUUAAUCUCAUCUCCCCACAGAAGAGAAAUAUUUGUUCCAAAAAGUAUCCCACAACAACUAUGUCAGGAUUUCAAUAGUAGUGAUGAACCAAAGAGGUGCAACUGGAUCACCAAGAAAAGUGACGAAGUCUACGUAAUGUUUCAUGACCAGCAAUGGGGAGUCCCUGUCUAUGAUGAUAACCUGCUUUUUGAGUUCCUUGCCAUGUCGGGGAUGUUAAUGGACUAUAACUGGACCGAGAUUCUAAAACGCAAAGAACACUUUAGAGAGGCAUUUUGUGAGUUUGACCCAAAUCGGGUGGCCAAAAUGGGAGAGAAAGAGAUCGCAGAGAUUGCAUCAAAUAAAGCAAUAAUGUUACAAGAGAGUAGAGUCAGGUGUAUAGUCGACAAUGCCAAAUGCAUAACCAAGGUGGUCAAUGAAUUUGGAUCAUUCAGCAGCUUCGUUUGGGGGUUUAUGGAUUACAAACCUAUCAUUAACAAAUUCAAGUAUUCAAGAAAUGUACCAUUGAGAUCUCCUAAGGCUGAGAUAAUUAGCAAAGAUAUGAUCAAACGAGGGUUUCGAUUUGUCGGUCCAGUGAUCGUACAUUCGUUCAUGCAGGCUGCAGGGUUAACAAUUGAUCACCUCGUCGAUUGUUUUAGACAUGGUGAUUGUGUGAGCCUCGCUGAGAGGCCAUGGAGGCAUAUAUGAUAUAUUUGGAUAGAGAUUCUAAUCCAGUUUCGGUUUAAAACAUAUCUUCUGGUUUUUGAUGUUUUUUUUUUUUUUUUUUUUUACUUACGAGAUAGAAUGAUUGAUUUGAAAUCAAACUUUCUUUGGAUUUAGUUUAAUAUGUGUAUAAGUUUUGGUUGGAUUUAACUUUUUUAUAUUUUGACUAAUCGAUCUUUCAUUUUCAAUUCGGUUUGAUGUUUGUUUUGGAGGUAAAAAAUCUAUAAACCAAAUCUUUUUUUGGUUAAAUCUAAUUUUCCUUACGAUUUUAUUUUGAUUGGAUUUAACCGAAUGAACAUCCUAUAACAAUGGUACCUAUAUUAUAUGUCCAUGUUAUUAUCAUAUUGUAAAAUUUCUUUUAACCAAGAGAACUUCGAGUCUAUACUAAUCUCCAAAACUUGCAACUACCAUUUGCAUCUUAAAAUAAUUAGAAAAAUCAAAAAUAUAUUAAGUGAUAAUCAAUCAUUAACCUUAGCGAGCACAUAACAGUAACCUCUAAGCCAUGAUUAUCUAGUUUCGUUUUCUUGUAAUUUUUUUUUCUAUGGUUUCUAUAUCAUGGAGAAUUGGAGAUGACUAUUAUUGUAGACCAUCAUUGUACAUGAGUAUGCUUUUGACAUAAUUGAG